UUUUUUUUUUUUGUUAUGGCGAAUUCGAUCAACGUGAAUUUCAUGCGGAGAGAAGAAGAUGAAAAUGAAAUUAUAUAUAUGGAAUUAUUAUUAUUGAAUUGAUAUUAUUAUUAUUGAGAGUGAUUUUUGAAAUGAAGGAAGAUGAAGGUGAUAACAAAGAGAAAGUUCAAGAUAUCAAGCUUUGGGGAGUUUUUCUCUUCGGCUUAAUUGGCGCUACCGCCACUACCUUCGCCCUGUCCAGGUCGUCGAAAGGAGGGACUGGCAGUUCUUUUCGAUCAGCUUUUCAAGAAGAAGCAUGGAAGAGAUACAAUAAGCGAUUGCAAGAGGAGUAUGAGGAGGAGAUGGAAAAAGUGGAAAGAAUACGUCGCAUGCAAAAUGUGUUUAAUAGAGAAAGGAAUAAGUUUAGAAGAAAUUUUGAGAACUGGAAGGAAAAUGGUCCCGGUGCAUAUCAUCAGCAUUUCCAAAGAGAAGAUUGGUAUUGGAAGGCUGAACAAACCUACAAAGACCAGUGGAAUAAUUACCGAGACACUCCAAGGGAAAAUGGAAGCAUAAAUUACCCAUUAUUAUCACACCACUACUCAGUUUUGGGUCUUGACAGGUUUAGAUCGACACCGUAUACAGAUGCUGAGAUUAAGACAGCAUUUAGGACCAAGGCAAAGCAGUAUCAUCCUGACCAGAACAUGGAGGAUAGAGAGGCUGCUGAGGCUAAGUUCAAAGAAGUAAUGGGUUCAUAUGAGGCCAUACAAAAAGAAAGAAAGCAUCAUAAUCUGUAAUUCUAUCCCUGCCGGCCAAUCUUGGGACCUUGAAGGAUGCUAGCGAGGUAUUCAAAAUAAUCAUAACUUUGGGGCAGUGUUUAAGGUUUGAUGUAGUUCACUGAUAGAACAUCAAUAAUAACCAUUGAAUAUAUUAAUAAACAUUUAAAUUAACAGAUGUUAGUUUGUUCCUGGUGAUUCACCUGUGGUUGACCAUGUCCCACCCAAGGGAAACCUUAACUUGGGUCAAUUGUCACAAAAUAGUGUUGUAUUACAAUGAUGUUACCAUUGGAGUCAUUGAUCUAUAUUUUGGGAAACUUGUAAAACAGAGCUGCCCUAUGUAUAUUUAGGUCUAAAACAAAUGUUAAAAUGAGAUCAUUUAUGAAGAAAUCGUUUUAUCAAAA